AUGAAGUCUCCAUGUGCAACCUUCGUCACGGGUCGCUUAAAGCUGAAUUGCUCCAAAAGGCGAGUCUUAUUAUGGGAUGAGCCGAUGAUGAACAAACGUUGCUUUGAAGCGUUGGUCAGGUCUUUGAAUGACGUUAUGAAAACAAGAGCAAAUUACGGCAACGACAGGCCUUUCGGGGGUAAGGUUGUCGUACUGGGAGGGGACUUCAGGCAAAUUCUUCCGGUUAUUUCAAAGGGAAGCAGAGCUGAUAUUGUGGGGUCGGCCGUAACUUCGUCAUACUUAUGGAAAUAUUGCAAGGUCAUGAAAAUGACGGUGAACAUGAGAUUACGGAGCGCCUCAUCCUCAGCGUCUGCUGCAGAGAUAAGAGAGUUCGCUGAGUGGAUUCUUAAGGUGGGCGACGGAACGGUUGACACCAUCGACGAGGAUGAUACCACGAUUGAGAUUCCGUCGGAUUUGUUGAUCGGACAGGGUCCCGAUCCUCUUCUUGAGUUGGUCAAUUUUGCUUAUCCGGACUUAGUGCCGAACUUGGAAAGCGAUUGGUACUUCCAGGAAAGGGCGAUUCUCGCCCCUACACUCGAGUGCGUCGAGCAGGUCAACAACUACAUGCUGUCAAAGCUUCCUGGUGUCGAGAGAGAACUGAUAUUGAAAGAAGGGGUUCCGAUCAUGCUUCUACGAAACAUAGACCAAGCGGGCGGUCUGUGUGAUGGGACCCGGUUGAGGGUCACCCAUCUUACUCAGUAUAUAAUUGUUGCGACUGUUUUAUCAGGAAUCAGGCUGGGUAAAACUGAGUACAUUCCGAGGAUAACCUUAACGCCUUCUGACUCUGGUCUUCCCUUCAAGUUCUCUCGAAGGCAGUUUCCGGUGACUUUAUGCUUCGCGAUGACUAUAAACAAGAGUCAGGGCCAGUCCCUUUCUCAUGUCGGUUUGUACCUUCCGAGGCCUGUGUUUACUCAUGGACAGCUGUAUGUCGCUCUCUCAAGGGUCAAGUCUAGAAAAGGACCGAAGGUGCUCAUUGUGGAUGAGCAAGGGGUGGUUUCGACCUCCACGCGCAAUGUUGUCUACAAAGAAGUUUUUGAGAACGUGUGA